GUCGGUGAAGGUCCCGUAAGACCAGACUGUUUGAUAGAAGUAAGCCUAAUCUUUCUAAUACCCAAUAAAGGCCCCAAAAAAUGGAGAUUUAUAAUAGAUCUACGAAGGCUCAACACAACUUUACCAAACAAGCCAUUUCGUUUCGAAGGCCUAGGCACUUUCAUUCGAAUGGUAGCACAUCUAGAUAUUGAGAUCUUAAAGCAUCAAAGGGAUUACAUCAUAACACCAGACCUAUGGAAAGGAG